AUGGCAGUGGAGAACAUCAACGAGCUGCCGGAAAGCAUCCUGCUGGAGCUGUUCACGCACGUGCCCGCCCGCCAGCUGCUGCUGCGCUGCCGCUUGGUCUGCAGCCUCUGGCGGGACCUCAUCGACCUCGUGACCCUCUGGAAGCGCAAAUGCCUUCGGGAGGGCUUCAUCACCGAGGACUGGGACCAGCCCGUGGCCGACUGGAAGAUCUUCUACUUCCUACGGAGCCUCCACAGGAACCUCCUGCACAACCCGUGUGCCGAAGAGGGGUUUGAGUUCUGGAGCCUGGAUGUGAACGGAGGCGAUGAGUGGAAGGUGGAAGCCCUCUCCGGAGACCAGAGGAAGGAAUUCCCCAAUGACCAGGUCAAGAAAUACUUCGUGACUUCUUAUUACACCUGCCUCAAGUCCCAGGUGGUGGACCUCAAGGCCGAAGGGUAUUGGGAGGAGCUGAUGGACACUACACGGCCGGACAUCAAGGUCAAGGACUGGUUCGCAGCUAGGCCAGACUGCGGGUCCAAGUACCAGCUGUGCGUUCAGCUCCUGUCAUCAGCGCAUGCGCCUCUGGGGACCUUCCAGCCAGACCCAGCAACCAUCCAGCAGAAGAGCGAUGCCAAGUGGAGAGAGGUCUCACACACGUUCUCCAACUACCCACCCGGCGUCCGCUACAUCUGGUUUCAGCACGGAGGCGUGGACACUCACUACUGGGCCGGCUGGUACGGCCCGAGGGUCACCAACAGCAGCAUCACCAUUGGGCCCCCCCGCUGCCCCGAGGCCCCGUCCGCAGAGCCCUGA